AUGGUCGGACCACCAACCAAACGCCAGAAGCGCGCCGAAGUAGAAGAAGGAAAACUGCCGCAGAAGAAAUUCUUCCGCCAGAGAGCCCACGCGAACCCAUUUUCCGAUCACAAUCUGACCUAUCCCGAAUCACCUGCUGCUUUCGACUGGGCAGAGCUAUACCCGGCAUAUGCAGUGCAGGAAGAGAAGGAGAACCAAGAUGCAUUAUCUGCUGGAACAAAGAGCGUGGGCAAGAUCUCAAAACAGGUCGAAGUGGCAGACAUUGGGUGCGGUUUUGGAGGCUUGCUGUUCGCACUGGCUCCUAUCAUGCCAGAUACACUGUUACUAGGCAUGGAGAUCCGAUCCGCAGUCACAGAAUAUGUCCAGACCAAAGCCAAGGCAUUGCGUUCACAACAUAGCGAGACGCAGGCUUUCCAGAAUGUUGCCUGCUUGCGCGCAAACACCAUGAAGUUCCUCCCCAACUUCUUCAACCGAUCACAACUCAACAAGAUCUUCCUGUGCUUCCCGGAUCCUCAUUUCAAGGCCCGCAAACACAAGGCUAGGAUCGUCAGCACGACGCUCAACUCAGAAUACGCAUACGUGUUACGGCCAGGCGGUAUCAUCUACACAAUUACCGAUGUCGAGGACCUUCACAACUGGAUGAUCGAGCACUUGGAUGCACACCCGUCUUUCGAGCGUGUAUCAGAGGCCGAGCAAGAGGCUGACGAGUGUGUGGCUGUUAUGCGCCAAGAGACAGAGGAAGGCAAGAAGGUGACGAGGAACAACGGCAACAAAUACGUCGCUCUCUUCAGACGCCUCGAUGACCCUGCCUGGCCUUGA